AUGACCAAAACCCUGCUCAGCGAAGCGGACGCGCACAUAUUGCGCAUCCGCGCCGACAAGGGCCUCGACGGAAGCCAGAUCCCAGAAGGCAUCGUCCGAGACCUCCAAGCCGCAACAAAAGUCCUCUCGGACCAAUUGUACGCCAAAUCCACACGCUUCAUCCUCGAGCUCAUCCAGAACGCCGAUGACAACCACUACACACCCGGCAGCGCCCCGACCAUCGAGUUCACGCUCAGCGGCAGCCAUCUCCGGGUGGACUGCAACGAGACAGGCUUCACCCCCAACAAUGUCGAUGCCAUCUGCAGCAUUGGCCGCAGCUCCAAGGCCGCCCGGGCGGGCUAUAUCGGCGAGAAGGGCAUUGGCUUCAAAUCCGUCUUCCGAGCGGCCGAUGUCGUGUGGGUCGCGUCUGGAGACUACAAUUUCAAAUUCGACCGGCAGGAGAAGCUGGGCAUGAUUGCGCCGAUCCUUGAGAAGUUUCCGGCUGCACGACGGCCCGGAUGGACGUCGUAUUAUCUGCAGCUUUCAAAGGCAUAUGAUCGAGAGCAGCUGUGUUCAGAGCUGAAAGGGCUGAGCUCGAAUCUGCUGCUGUUCCUCCAACGGCUUACGACGAUCAGGAUCACCAUUGAGGCUGCACAGAGCUUACUCAGCCGGGGAACCACGUCCUCAUGGCAGACUGUCUUGUCAAAGAGCGAGAUCACCGACAGGGCCGACAAGAUGGUCCGGCUACAGCAGGAUUCAAUCUCGUUCGAGUACAUCUUGAAGCCACUCGACGUCACCAAUAUGCCCGCGGAGGAGAAGAGGCCAGGAAUCACGACCACGCAGCUUCUGCUGGCCUUCCCGGUCGAUGGCAACGGGGACCCGACAAGCGAAUCGCAGUACAUUUACGCCUUCCUACCUAUCCGUGACUAUAGUUUCACAUUUCUCAUCCAGGCCGACUUCCUGCUCAGCGCGAGCAGGGAAGAGAUUGACGACCUGCUCCCCUGGAACAGAAAGCUGCGAGAUAGCAUCACCAACGCCUUCAUCGAGGCCGUCCGCUGCUUCAAUGGAGGACCUUUGCGCCACGCCUGGCCACGAUAUCUCCCACGUGAUGAUAAAGUGCGCGAUUUCUUCCGGCCGAUGCGCAAGAAGCUUCUGCAGCGCCUGGGAGACGAACAAGUCAUAGAGGCGUGGGAUGGACGCUUGGCCAAGCCCAACUCGCUCACCUAUGUGCCGGCCAGAUUUCGCGAUGACGCUGGAGUACCUUUCACGGAGACACCUAUUACUACAACAAAAUACGUGUCUGGCAAAUACCUGGAGGAAGACCUUGAGCAUCUUGAGUUAAUUGGGGUCCAGAAAAUGGACGAGGCUCAAUUUGUCAAGGACCUUACAGAGAUGGUCCAGAAGUACAGGAUGCUCUUUGUCAAAAAGCCAGCCUCUUGGCAUGAGCAGUUGGCAAACGUUAUCAACGGGGUUCCCGAGCCAGCAAGAGAAGCGAUCAAGCCACUCGCGCUGAUUCAACUGGACGACGGCUCAUGGGUCAGGGGCCAAAAGGACGACAUCUUCUUUCCAGCCCCAUCUCACGUCAAGGAGAAUGUGCCCGGUGGGCUUGCUGUUCUUGUGGUUAAUGCAGAUAUCGCCAAGUAUGCGGCACGCACGCAGCUUUACCAGUACCUUGGCGUCAAGUACUUCGAUCCGGCCGCUAUCAUGGACGUCAUCUGCUCACUGCACAGCAAGGCAAGAAACCACGACCUCCUCAGCAUCGCAAGAGAGCAGCUGGUCGCGCAGAUACGCUUUCUGCACGCGAACCAGUGGCGGAAUCGCUCGAGGCAAAGCUUCUGGGUCAUGACGGAACGCGACCUGCUCGUAAGGAGCGAGGGGCUAUAUUAUGCCAGCGACGACGAGCACUCUGCAACCCGCUACUUUACAGGUUCCGACCGGGGACGGUUCCCCUUUAUACACCCGACCUACCUCGAGAAUUACUCCGAGGAUGCUGCCGAGGUCGAAGAGUGGAUGAAGUGGCUCGAGGACAACCUUGGUCUCCACCGCGUUCCGAAGCUAAUCAGGCCAUUGACCACCAACGUGUCAGCCGACAACAGCACCGUGGUCAAAUCUUUCACGAUGAGCCAGGACUUCGGGCAGCUGAGGGGCAUGCAGCGGUCCGCGGUGACGCUGCAGCUGGUGUGUGACUGCUGGGACAAGCAUUACAAGCAGUGGCUUGACGGCCACGACGACAAUCAAAAGCCGGAAAACCCGCCCGCAGAUAAUUUGGCCGUUUCCAAGAAGCGCCUCCGCGCAAAGUUUGCCGAGAUGAGCGUCGCCACUCUCACUGGAAAGCUUGUUCGGCUGCAUAAGACAUUCAUCCCGCUGCCGGAGCUCGUGGCCGAGGCAGAUGGGCUACUGCCCUUCGUGGAUAUUCCAGAGCCCAUGCAUCCGCGCUGGGAGGUACUGGGGGUGCUCGGAGCCGGCCUGCAAAAUCAUGUUGGGUUCCACAUUGCCUGUCUCGAGAAUAUCAGGACCAGCACACGACAAUUGAACCGGAUUGAGUAUUUCAUGGAGCAGAUUCAGGCCAGAAGCAACGAUGACGAGGCUGCUGUGAGAGCGUACUUCUCCGAGUCGGGCAAGGAACGCAUUUUCGUCCCCACGCUGCCGGACUACGAGGGACUCACAGACCCCACCACGGUCGUUGCCGGCUCGUGGUACAAGCUCGAACACUGCCUCUGGAAAGGCCCCAAGAGCCUCCGCAUCCAUGCCUGCCUCGCCGACAUCUACCCUGCCCUGAAGCGCCUUUUCACAGACACCCUGCGCGUCUCUGACGCGACCAUGAACGACCUGAUGACCGAGGCAUCCCACUUCACGAACGCGGAUGACCUCGCGUACAUCACGGACAUCCUGAUCCAGAUCGACAAGUUCCUCGAGCGCGACGAGGUCUACAUGCUGCAGCUGGAGCCCUUCCAGAGGCGUGCGAUAUGGCCGGUCGCUGAUCCGGCCAGGGCAGCAGGGAAGGGUUCUCCUUCGGGGAACCCCUUCACGCGCCUCGUGGCUGGCAACGCGGCUGACGACUGGUUCAUCCCGGACAGGAUGUUCCUGGCUGAUUGCUUCGCGCCGUAUGUGCCGAUGCUUGCACUCUCGCCCGACGAGGUUUCCAAGAUCAGGCGCGUUAUCAAGGCGUUUGGGCUUGAGGCCAAGCUGCUCUCAGAGGCGGUCCAGAGCGAGGCAGAGACUAUUGGGAGAGUCGAGUUCCACAAGAGAUAUACCCAAGAUUUGCAAGAGAAGUAUGGUUUCAUCGCAAGACUUAUCCCAGUGUCAAAUCUCGACAAGGCGAAGACGCUGCGUAUCCUCCGCACCCUCCAGGACAUUGAUGUCUUUACCACCGAGCGCGUCAUCGAAAAGUACUCGCUCUCCCACAACGGCACCCGCCUCCACGGGCAGGCUGGCGACGGCAACGUCGUGGUCAAGCUCGGCGACGAGAGGCUCAAGAUCUACCUGCGGGAAGGAUACCUCGAGGAGGAGCGGAACCCUGACGAGCUGGUCGCCAAGCUGGCGCUCUUCUGCGGCAUCAGCGAGCGCAGAGAGGGCAGCUACAUGCUGCAGAUGGUCCUGACCGAGUCGGACCAUGCCAAGAUCGCGGCAAAGCUGCUCCAGCAUGGCAUCCCGACGAUCGUGCCCGAGAUGGCGGAGCUGAUGAGGGAGGAGACCUGGCUGACCGCGCCCCUCAUGAGGAAGAGGUUGCCCCGCGAGUUGGACGCGGAUGGGGAUCAUGAAGGUGAGGGGAAGGUGCUUACCGUAGCAGACAGCGGCUUCGACAAUGGAGAUGCCCGGCCGUUUGACUUUGAUCAGGACGUCCUGGCUCCCUUGGAGAGCAAGGAGUCGGGUACGUCCGAAAGGAGGUUCCGUGUCUCAGCAAUCUUCCGCCGAAAAUGGUUCUGGGGCAAGGGGAAGCUUGGUCGUGUCGAAACUCCACGGGGGAACAGCCUGGGAGACCAGGCAAGGCUCGACCUUGAUGGCCAGAAAGAGUUGUCUGACUACUUCGCUACAACUUUGGGCAAGGACUACCAGCCUGACAAGCACUGGACGAACUCGGUACGCCGCCAAGACGGUCAUGCCACAAAAUCUGAGAAGGACAUCAGUGCCAAGGCAGACUUUACCAUACCAUCGAUAGACGGCCAGGAGCUUCUCGAGGUGCUGGUCUUGCCUACACACUGUGACCUAGAAACAUGGGCUGCUCGGCCUCCAACGUGGCAUUUUAUCGUCAAGACAACAGAAGGCGGGCUGGAUGAGGAGUUCCAGCUUACUGCAGAGCAAUACAACAUGUGCCGUGAAUUUGUUAUCCCUAGCCAGUUUGGACAAGCGAAAGUCCCUCCUCUCCAUGUUGUCGUGUUGGCACGGGUGUUCAACUUGGACACCAAUCUAGAGCCAAUGAUCCGACUGUUUGUCGACCCUUGGUCUAUGUAUCUUGCAGGAACCAUCCAGCUACGCGCCUCGGGCGAUUUCCUAGGUCAAGUGGCCGUAUGAUUGGCGUGCGAAACCCCUAAUGUUUUAGGAGCGGGAGUGCACUUGGAAUUGUAUUUCGUACUUUCUGCAACGGAGCCCUAGACCUAACAUCGUUAUCACAAUUAUCUAUUCCUGUAUUGCUGCUUGAU